ACGAACGGAAGUUGAAUUAUUUUUGCAAAGUACUACCAACACGAACACGCGCGUGUGUGCGUACAUAGUAUGUAAAUACUAUGUGUAUGCCGUGAAUAAUUAAGGUGUGAACAACAUGCAAAAAGGGGAAAGGCAAAAUAUAAUUGCAGUGCGUAGUGAAUUAGUGCUUGUGAUAAUGCGAAUUAAAUAAGAAAUUUAAAUGUAGACGCAAUUUCUAUACAAAUGCUUGAGCUAUGUAUUUAAGUGCACAUAAAUCACCGGAAAGCUAUAAUAACUAGCGGAGGUGUAGAAAAGGGGGUCAUAAAUUAAGAUUUCAACUAAUUUACUCAAGCGGGAGUGCUUAUAUUUAUUAAGUUCAUCAAAAAAUAUGCACCAUCAGCAACAUUUUGAAAUUUGUCAAAGGGAGCUGUAGUAAUAGAAAGAAUGAUGAAAAAGAAACUCAAAUCAGCCUUAAAUCAAAGUAAACUGCAUUUAUAGGAAGAACUGAAGAGCCGAUAAAGCAAAAUAGCAAAAACUGGCGCAGAGGCGCAGCGGUGCAAAGGCAUUGGGAAAAAUGCCGCCUAUAAACGAAAUACUACGAGUGAACAGGAAUUUUCAAAUCAUAUCAUGUGUCAUCGUGUUGCUCACAGCGCAUAGCAUACAACUAGCUAACUGUAUUGACUGUUUCAAAUGCGUCUCAUUCAACGGAGCCAACAAGGCAUGUGACGAUCCUUUUCACAACAACUAUUCCACAGCCAUAUUGGAGUCGCCGUGCAUGGGUGGACGGAAAGGACGUGACGGUCUCUUUCCGGCGACGGCCUGCAUCAAAAUUGCGGGCAUUUAUGAUGACACUGGCGAAUCGAUAACGGUACGAGGUUGUGCGCUGGACAGUGGCACACUCACCACGGACACGGAAAUCAUACGAAUGUCACAUUGCGGCAAAUUCUACUAUGACGACAGAUACGUGCAUGGUUGCCUACAAAGUUGCAACGAUGCAGAUGCAUGCAACCAUGCGGCGGCGAGCUUCAAAAGGCUCUCACGGCAAUCACUGUGGCAACAUUGUAGUUCAGUGUUAUUAACAUUCAUAGCGUUACACGAAUAUCUACUCGGUCUAAUCAGGUAGCAGCAGUGUACAGGUUGAGUGCAUAAACAAAGAAAGUUGAUAUGAAAUGCAGCAGCAUGGCGAGAUGGCUUCAUAGCAAAAUGCUGAUUCGAUGGCGGGUAUGGGGGACGUUGUACACAAUGUGAAUUUACAAAUAGUUUUAAGUGUUAUUAUAUAACUAGAACAGAUCAAAUAUAAGUAAACUUACAAACAAACAUACACACACAAAAUUGUAUAUAUAUAUAUAUAUUUACACAAACACUGCAAGCAAUUCGAAUUGAGUAUCGAAAUACGAGUAUGUACAACAUAUCGACGGUUGCGCGGAAGAUCGACCUAUCUCGGCAGCUAGUUGGAAAAUGUCCUAUCUCAGAAUAAUUUUCAAAAAUGCCCUAUUUUAGAAUUCGGUU